UCAACAUUACACGUAGACACGCACACACACGUGGAGCUAGAUAUCGAUCGACCGCCAGUAGGCCGGAGAGGAGAAUCCAUGGCCGCCACCGCCGCAUGCCGGACCGUUGAGGGGAGAUGGAAUCUUGCCGGCUCCACGGCGCUCGUUACCGGCGGCAGCAAAGGGAUCGGGCAUGCGAUCGUGGAGGAGCUGGCCGGGCUCGGGGCUCGGGUGCACACGUGCUCCCGGAGCGCGGCGGAGCUGGAGGAGUGCCGGCGGCAGUGGGAGGGCAAGAACCUCCGGGUCACCGUCUCCGUCUGCGACGUGUCCGUGCGCGCCGAGAGGGAGAAGCUCAUGGAUACGGUGAAGCGAACCCUGGGCGGCAAGCUGGACAUCCUGGUGAACAACGCGGGGCAGUCCAUGGUGAAGGCGGCGACGGAGUGCACCGGCGAGGACUACGCGCUGGUGAUGGCCACCAACAUCGAGUCGUGCUUCCACCUCGCGCAGCUGGCGCACCCGCUCCUCCUCCGCUCGGCCGGUGGAGGGGCGAGCAGCGUCGUCCACAUCUCCUCCAUCGCCGGCUUCGUCGGCUUCCCGGGCCUCGCCGUCUACUCCAUGACCAAGGGGGCGAUGAACCAGCUCACUCGGAGCCUUGCCGCCGAGUGGGCCGGCGACGGCAUACGCGUCAACUGCGUCGCGCCGGGCGGCAUCAACACUGACAUCGCCAAAGACAUGAUAACGAGGGACCCGGAGAUUGUGAAGAGCCAGGCCACGCAGCUGCCGAUGCAGCGGCUGGGCGAGACGGAGGAGGUGGCAUCGGUGGUGGCCUUCCUCUGCAUGCCAGCGGCGUCCUACAUCACCGGCCAAGUCAUCUGCGUCGACGGCGGACGCACCAUAGCUUAAAAUCGCGCCGAACGUCCUAUCCGAUAAAAACUUGAAAAGUCACAUCAUUCAAAGCUGUUGUACGGAUAAAAAAAUUGUGUCGAAUCAUACCAUGUAGUAUGUUUUUUU